AUGACCAUCGCGAGUUGCAACGAAGAAAUUCCAAGCAUUACGGAAGAGCUCAAGGGAGUGAAUGAAAAUCUCGCAGAGCUUGAAGGAGACGUAAAGACCAUGUGGAAAAUGAUAAGACACAUUUCGAGGUUCGCGCUGGAAAUCACCAGGAAAACCGACGACCAGGAAGUGGAAGAGCAUGCAAAUAGAAUCGCGAACAGCUCUCGGAGAAUCAACGGAGUCUCGACGGAACAUUUCAAGAAGCUCGAUGCUGAAAAUCCGAAGACAGCAAAGGCUUAA